GCAUGGCGACGGGGAAGCUUUGUCCUCAUAUGCUGAUCAGCAAGUAUUAGGUUGCCAGCUAACCUAAUUAUUUUCCAGCGCUAAAAUGUGUAGAGUUUGCCGCAUCCUAGCAUCCGGAUGUAUUCAGGCUGUAGCGUCGCUGUCCAAGAAGACUUGUGAGGAACAUGGGAUACGCUGAGUGUGACAUUAUCAUGGAGUCGAAAAGAGGGAGUACAUCCUCAGUGCCUGGGUACAGCCUUACUAGUCUGAGAGGACAGAGUUUGAAAAGUAGCCCUUUCUGCCCCCAGUCCUCCAGCAGGUUGACUCAGUCCAUCAUUAAAGACCACAUGGUGUCUCACUACAAAAAGGUUUACUCAGCCAAAGCUGCUAUCGACACAUCAGUCCCCAAGAGCAUGAUAUAUAGUGUAAAGUACAAUGACCAGAUAAAGAAGGAACAGUUGAGGAAAGGCCAUCGUCCCCAUUCAGCCCAUUCUCUCUCAGAGAGGAACAGCAGAGUCUCCUGCUCGUCAGCCCAGAGCAGGAGAUCAGUGCAAGGUGAAGAGAGCCCCUACUUCUGCUCAGGAAGUUCCAUCAUCUCCACCCCUAGAUUCAACACCUCCUUUCACGUCAAGCAGAUAGUUUAUCCGUCAUGCAGAAUAAAUGAUUCUCGCAGCCAUAGUCGCCCGACUCGCUCUGCAUCAGAGUUCAACUACAGGAGUCCGGAGGCGCCUUCCCGCAGGCAGCAGUCAGCAUGUUCUGCGGCCACCUCAGGCAGUCAGGCUUGCUACAAGACUUUCCAGGAUCCCGUGCAGAAGACGUAUAGCGGAGACUUGCUCCAAAGACAUUCUCAGCACUUUACCCAGGACAAACCUUUCACCCCCAAGACUCUGAAAACAGAUAAGAGUUCAUACCUCUCCAACUACCGCUAUUACAGAGCUCCACGAAGGAACCCAAAUCAGGACUGCAUCAACCCCAGACUGAUGCGACAGGAAACCUAUCACGGAAGCACACAAACCAAGGAGCGUUCAUCAGUGGAAUUGGAUGAUUUACCUCAGGGAAUUAGUACUGAGCAUGAGUGGUCUGAGGAUGAGCUCAACGGCCCAAAUCUCUCAGUAUCUAGACAGCACAACCAAACCAACAAGGGUAGAAGCAGUGGUUUCUUUCGCUCCUCAUCAAGGAUCUCACCAGAGGGCAGGAAGUCUCCUUUCAUGAUGAGUGUGUCUGCAGAGGAAGAAGAAUUAAUGUACCUUGAAUUCGUUUCUGAUGUAACGGAGGAUAUCUUGGCUAGAGGGCACUUCUCUGACAGGGUCUUGGAUCGGGUGAUAAAGCGUCAUAUUGGCAUGAAUAGGCAUCGCCUUGAUGAGGGUAAAAUGCGCCACCUUCUGGAAGGGCUACGUAAAGAAUUUGAGGCGCCAGUCAGCACACCCACCACCAGUUCAGAGCUGGAAGGGAAGGAGGAUGAUAUGCUUCAGAAACACUUCCCACGGCUGCAAUCAAGGGCGUCAAAACAGGUGGAGAUCAGAGAGGACAAUGACAACUUCCCUUAUGCAUCACUCAUCAAAUACAGCGAUUCACCAGAGAAUGCCAUUUCCCAUUUGGUCUCUACAUCAUUACAUCGCAGCUCUCCUCAAAGGACAGCUUCACCUUCUGUAACAAAUAAAUUGGAAUUAGAAGGGCGGAAAAAGGGCAGAAGCUCUCCGUGGCUUAGUGAGCAUGGCAGUGAAUAUGGAGGGAUCAAUGAGGAGGACUGCCAUCAAAACCAAACAGAUACCAGAGAGAUGGAGAGAGAAAGUGUCAGACAAAACCAUGUUUACAACAGUGACGAAGACCUCCAUGAAGACCAUGCUGAAGUCAAUGACGGACUGUCCAGAGAGGUGGACGAUCUGGAGAGAAGUUUUUCAGAGUCUCUGCAUGUAUCCGGCAAUACACACGAUAACAACCAGGGGGCCACCAGUGAGCAGCAUAUGAACACAUUUGUCUCUCUCAGUGAUGGCGAGUUCUGAGUCAUGCUCGCUAUAUUCAGGGAUUGGAGGUCAUUUAAUAUUUUUGUUACCAAGUGAGACCAUUGUUACCACAAGAAAUAUAUUUAAUUUUUUAAUCAGAAUUUUGUACAUGCAAUUUCACAGCGGGUGUAUAUUCUAUUUUGUUGUUAAAACCCCAGCCAGUGUGGUUUAGUUUGUUUUUCUUCUGUUUUCUAGAUUUUAACUUAUUAUAAAAGCACAAUGUUUUCAUUGUGCCACACAGUGAAAGAUGUUCCGUGGCACAAAGAUUUGUGAGUACACUGGAGACUUUGUAUUUUAAUGUCUUGCUAUGGCCAUGACUUCCUUUUUCAAGUGCAGUAUCAAAAAAAAAAAAAAAAAAAAAAUGAAAUCAUGCUCUGUUUUAAACAUUUCUUGGGGCACGGAGGCACAGGCUGAGAAAUGCUCAAUACUCAGUGCCCAAAGAAAUGCCCAAAAAAACACUUUCUUCAGUAUUGCUCCUUGGUAAUUAUAUUGCCUUGUGAAUUUUCAAAGUAUUGACCAUAGCACUAGACUGAUGGCAGGCAUCUGAAAAUGGUUGUAUCUUCGACUGUAGUUUCAGUGAAUUGCAGUGUACCUAGUCAGUUUACAAUAUGACAUAGCGUAUAUGAAUUUAUAUAAUACAAUAUAGUUUACAUUCUCAGGAUUCUUGAAAGUAAUGCAGUUUUUUUUUUUUUUUUUAAAGAAGUUGCUGUUUCUGUAUGGUGUGUUUUAUUUAUCAGCUGCUUCUGACUUGUAGCUAACAGGACUUGACUGUCACCAAAAAGUGUCUUUAUAUUUGCAAUAAAUUCUUAGCCACUCCUUU